GCAGCGAGGGGCUGGCUUGGGCGGCAGCAGCGGCUGCUGCGGAUGGGAGCGGGCCGGCUGCGUGCGCCCAUGGAGCGCCACGGCAGGGCCGCCGCUACCUCCGCCUCGUCGACCCGGGAACCGGCGCCCGAGGAGCCAGAUGGGCGGGGGCAGGAGCCGCUGCGGCGCCGGGCGAACAGCACGUCGGUCCCCGCGGCCGGGACCUCGGCGGAGGGAGCCAGGCGGGACCGGCACGGCUCCUGCAGCGGCGGGACCUCGGUCUCCCGCCAGCGCGUGGAAAGCCUGCGGAAGAAGCGGCCGCUUUUUCCAUGGUUUGGCUUGGAUAUUGGUGGAACCCUAGUCAAGCUGGUUUAUUUUGAACCCAAAGAUAUCACUGCCGAAGAAGAAGAGGAAGAAGUGGAAAGUCUUAAAAGCAUUCGGAAGUACCUGACCUCCAAUGUGGCUUAUGGGUCCACGGGUAUUCGGGAUGUGCACCUGGAGCUGAAGGACCUGACUCUGUGUGGACGCAAAGGCAAUCUGCACUUUAUACGCUUUCCCACUCAUGACAUGCCUGCUUUUAUUCAAAUGGGCAGAGAUAAAAACUUCUCAAGUCUCCACACUGUCUUUUGUGCCACUGGAGGUGGAGCGUACAAAUUUGAGCAGGAUUUUCUCACAAUAGGUGAGCUUCAGCUUUGCAAACUUGAUGAACUAGAUUGCUUAAUAAAAGGAAUUUUAUACAUUGAUUCAGUUGGAUUCAAUGGACGGUCACAGUGCUAUUACUUUGAAAACCCUGCUGAUUCUGAAAAAUGUCAGAAGUUACCGUUUGAUUUGAAAAAUCCAUACCCUCUGCUUCUGGUGAACAUUGGCUCUGGGGUUAGCAUCUUAGCAGUAUAUUCCAAAGAUAAUUACAAGCGCGUCACUGGUACCAGUCUUGGAGGAGGAACUUUUUUUGGUCUCUGCUGUCUGCUUACUGGCUGUACCACUUUUGAAGAAGCUCUUGAAAUGGCAUCUCGUGGAGAUAGCACCAAAGUGGAUAAACUAGUCCGGGACAUUUAUGGAGGGGACUAUGAGAGGUUUGGACUGCCAGGCUGGGCUGUGGCUUCAAGCUUUGGAAACAUGAUGAGCAAGGAGAAGCGAGAGGCUGUCAGUAAAGAGGACCUCGCCAGAGCAACUUUGAUCACCAUCACCAACAACAUUGGCUCGAUAGCAAGAAUGUGUGCCCUUAAUGAAGGUUAUUUUGGAGCCGUUGGAGCACUCCUUGAGCUGUUGAAGAUCCCCUGAUCAUUACCUGGGGAAGGGGUUCCUGGAACCUUCCACAAUGGGAUCUGUGAACUUCUUUUUUAAGAGACUGACUUAAUUUUAUGAUUGUGUAUUACCUGAAUCAAAGCAAGAAAGGACAAAUGGAUUUUUCUAAGUCAUCAAGACAAACCCUUAAAAAUUCAGCCUAAACUAGUAACCAGUAAGGAAUGACAUAUAUGUAUAUGUGUAUAUAUAUAAAGUGGACCAUGUCCAUGGCAGUGAGGAUUGGCUAUAAUACCUGCUAUAUAUUUUUGAAACUCAGUGUCACUCACUGGAGCCACUUCAGGGGAGAUAUUCUGUGUUCAGCAUACUGUGUUUUGGGAUCCUGUUGAACUUGCUAAAUGUAAGGAAAGCUACUAUGUGUUAUAUAAUCUAAUCACAGUUUUGACAGUAUGGCCUUGGAGAUCAUCUCCUGUGCAUUAACUCCGGUGAGCAUUUAGCCUUUGUGUGAACAUAUUGAAAAUGUUUUAUUUCAAGGUUCUGCAAACUUAAUUGGGCAGGUUAGUUCAAUACCUGUAACUUGGACAAUUCAGCAACUUUUAGAAGGACAAUUGCAGGUUACUUUAUACCAUAAAUCCUAGGGAGGUCUCUCUGGAAAGACAGGAUUUCCUCCGUGAACGGAAUUACCUUGAGUAUUGGGCUGACGGAAGUAAGCUACUACAAAAGACAUAAUCUGGAAAACUAAAACCAGAUAAAAGGGACUGCUUUUUUUUUCUUUCCCAGGGAACUGGGGAGAGAAUCUGGUUACACUUUUAGGCAAGUAGAAAUCAAGGAAUUGAGGUGUCCAUUAACUUAUGGGGAGCAGGGCGGGGUUCUUCCCACCUUUCUCACCCACUCCUGGUCUUGGCACUUAGCAGCCCCCAGGCGCAGCCCUGAUUUCUCUGGUAGGCUGGCCCAAAAGGCAGCUUGAGAGACAGGUUUUGAGCUGAGUAUUAAUAUAGAUUGACUUUGGACCUUUUCUUUCUGCUGUGCAGAAUAAUUUUUAAAAACCUUUCCUUUAGA